AAGGAGAGGGCCGGCCAAAGGUGACGCUGUGGCUGUGGAGGUGCGGUGCUCCGCGGCGCUCCGGGCGGUGGAUGGCGGCGGAAUGGAGCGCGAGGGGAGCGGUGGUGGCGGCGGCUCAGCCGGGCUCCUGCAGCAGAUCCUCAGCCUGAAGCUCGUGCCGCGGGUGGGCAACGGGACCCUGUGCCCCAACUCUACUUCGCUCUGCUCCUUCCCAGAGAUGUGGUAUGGUGUGUUCCUGUGGGCACUGAUGUCUUCUGUGUUCUUUCAUGUCCCUGCUGGACUGCUGGCCCUCUUCACCCUCAGACAUCACAAAUAUGGUGCAGCAAUUGCUGGGGUCUACCGAGCAGCAGGGAAGGAGAUGAUCCCCUUUGAAGCCCUCACCCUGGGCACCGGGCAGACCUUCUGUGUCGUGGUAGUCUCUUUCUUACGGGUUUUAGCUACUCUAUAGCAUACGCUCUUUGACUGUGAUGUCAUCCCUGAGUUUUAGACUCCUCAAAAGGAGUGGACAGUGUCAUGGUCUCUUCAUCCCUCAAAUGGAAGCCACUAGGAGGCCUGAGAGUGUGAAGACCACCACAGCCCUUUCUUCUAGUCGGAGCUCCAGAAAUUGAAGACCCCUGUGGACACCCACCAUUCUCAGCCAAAACAAGUUCCUUGGCUUUCCUUCUUUUGUGGCACCUUAAGGAGAUGUACAGGCACACGCCAUCACCUAAGCCAGCGAUGCCUGGGAGUCGCCAUCCUUCCUUUGCAAAGAUGUAUCAUCGUUUCCCGGCAACGGUGGAGAAUGCUGCUGAUUUCUGGGGGGCAGGCCGCACUGUGCGGAAGGCUUAGCGGUCCUGGCCGUAAAGCCACACUGGUUUGGGUUGGUUCAGAACAAACUGGUGGAAUGUAACGGGCAGAGAGCUGAAGUAGAGUUCAAAGCAACAGCUUUGGUUCCGCUCUCCAAAGUAGGUGACCACUGAGAAUGUGACUUGUCAUGGGUAACUGUCUUGACCUCUGAUUAUUUAAUAUAUUUCCAGAGAUGUGAAUUUUUCAUUUGAUCAAAAUAAGCUAGCUAAUUGAGGUUUGGGUUUUUAUCGUCGUUGUUUUGUUUUGUUUUGUUUUUUAAGACAUGACGUCUCGCUUUGUGGCCCAGGCUGAUCCAAACUCCUGGGUUCAAGGCGUCCUCCUGCCUCAGCCUCCUGAGUAGCUGGGACAGUAGGCAUCACUGUCAUGCCUAAUUGAGGUUCUUUUUCCCAAAGAAUGUUCAUGAUACUUUGUCAUCUUUAACACUCCCCAUUUUACUUACCGUCCCUGAAAACACUCAGACUUUCUUAAGUGGUUUGACUUGAACUUCACAGCCGGGUCGGUUAGGGUGCACUUCGGACCCUCAGGCACAGAUGAGAAGAUACUUGCAGGAUUCUGCUGGAGUCUGUCGUGGUGGUUUCUGUUGAUUUGCUGAGUCUGUGCUCCCGCAGUGUUGCUGAAGGAGUUAACGGGUAUUGGAUUUCCCCUUACUGUGUUUACCUAGCAGUGGCUCCUUGGCCCGCUCUUGCAGUGUUUGAGUAUCCACUCCCAAAAAGUGCCUAAACCAUCCUCUUCAGACACUAUCUUAUUUUUCUUCAAGAGAAUUUGUAUCCUUAAAGAGCAGUAGUAGUAGUAGUUUUUUAAACGCGAUUUUAGCUAUUUUAAUUUUUAAACUCUAUUGCCUAACUUGGUUUUUCCUUAAAAGGGCCUCCAAACUGUGACCUUCAGAAGGGAAAGUUGGUGCAGAACUUAAAGCACCUUUCAUCUUUUCAAUGGUUUUAUAUAAACUGCAAAAAAAUACAACAGCCCUGUUGUUACCUGCUUUCAAAGUAGCUUCUGGUCAUUAACUGACAUUUUUUAAAGAAAAUUUUCAUUGUGAGAUUAAGGCUCAAAACCUAUGAGGAAAUAAAUUUAUCUUAAAGCAAUACGCUCUCAGCUUCUGGUUAACUAGUAGCCAGGAGGGGCUGGCAGGAUCGUUCAGCACGAACGGUUCUCAGGAUCCACGUGGUGGAAGGAGAGAGCCAACUCCUGCCUUUGUCUCUGCUGUCCACAUGCUGUUCGCAUACACAGGAAAAUAAAUAAAUGUGACUAGAAUUUCUUUUUAAGUAGCCAAGAGGACCUCUGUGGGCACUUGCACCUGUAUACACAUACUUCUAGUCCCCAUGUACACAUGAUUUUAAAAUUUGAUAAAAUAGCCAGGCGGAUCAAUUUGCCCCAUAAUGGCAUCAGGGGAAGUUGCAGGGAUGGCUCCCAAAAUAAUUGGCUCUUUCUUUUGGCCACCACUUCAAAACUACAGUGACUCAUCGAAUUGGUGGGCAACUAAAAUGCAAUGAAUGGCUCUUCAUAUUCCCCAGCAAAAAGUGCAAAUCUUUCCUCCAACAAAAGAUUUCCAUUUUCAGUCUGAGGGACUUUGAAUCUGGAAAACAUCCUUUCAGCCGGAGAAACUGGAAUAUGGUACCCGGCCUUGUGGGAGCUGGUGGCAUCACUAGAAGGCUGCCCUGUAUUACCAAGCAGCCUUGGGGAUGUAAUUUUAUACCUUAAGCACAUAGGUGAGUUGGUGGUUGGCUGUUCCCCUGAAAACAUAACUCGUGAACAUAUUCAUCCAUGAUUAGAAUGUUAGGUUAUUUGUAUUUACAACCAAGACAUAAAAGUUAGGGUGUUUUUGUUUCCAUACAUUUCAUCAGCUUUAAAAACAAACACUUGAAAUGUAUCUCCAGAUUACAUCUAUCCCAAUGUGUGUGAAGCAUCCUUUUUUUCCUGGUUUUUCCAGACAGGGUUUCUCUGUGUAAUAGCCUUUGCUGUCCUGGACCCACAUUGUGGACCAGGCUGGCUGACCUCGAACUCACACAGAUCCACUUGCCUCUGCCUCCCAAGUAUGCGUGCACCACCAAGUGGACUGUGUGAAGCAUUCUUUUGUGGAUGAAUGUACAUGGAUUCUAUAGACUGAGCUCUGUGGCUUGACGUGUUUUCAUUUCAAUGCUAAAGAGUGCAUUCCACUUGGAUCUCUGUUUCUCUUCCUCCCCUUGUCUCAAACUCCAGUUAUUUGCCACGGUUUCUGUUAAACACAUCACCUUGAGGGAUUCCUCCCUGAAAGGACGUUCUUGUCUCUGAUUCCUGCAUGUUUCCCCCUCUCAUCCUCUCUUAAGUCCUGAGAUAAGAAAGCAACCUGCGGGGUUGGGGAUUUAGCUCAGUGGUAGAGUGCUUGCCUAGCAAGCAAGGCCUGAGUUCGGUCCCCAGCUCCGGAAAAA